AUCUUUCUCCACUUGCUAUGAUUUUUUAAAAAAUCUACUUUCUCAUCGAAUUCUGGAUUUAGAUUUGAUUCUCUGUUUCAAUUCCGAUUUAGUCUUUGUUCAUGUUUGUUUUCAGUUUCCUAAACCCUAGAAGCUUCAAUUUUGUUCUUUGACAUUUUCGAAAUCGCUGCAAAACAUGGCGGAGCCUGAAAUAGAGAAGAUGACAUCAUCUGUUUCAAAAUUGCAGCUGUCUCCACCUCCAUCAGUAAGGAAAGAGAAGACAUUUUCCAUGCCAGACUGGUCUCUUCUCCCUGAAGAGCUACUCAACCUUAUCUCCAAGCAUCUAGAGGAUUACUGUUUUGAUGUUGUCCAUGCUCGCUCUGUUUGCACCUUGUGGCGAUCCAUAUUUCCCUUUCCUGCUUCCCUAUUACGCCCAAGUUACUCUCUUCCAUCGUUAACCAAGUUUCCUUACGAAAGCAAAGACUUGUGCACCCUCGAGAAGAUCCCUUUGUUUCUCUUUAGAGUCCGAGCUCCUCAUGCUGAUGCUUCUGAGUAUUUUCUGGGAGGAAUAGGCCGUGAUGAUGAUGAUCAUAUAGAGCUUCCAUCUCCUCUUCAGUGUUCAGUGAAAGUGAAGAUCCCAGAUUCUGAUCCUACCUUGAUUAACACGCUUGACUGCCAGGUACUCUCUCUCGGCCAUCAGUAUAGGAUGAUUGGUUGCAAUCCUAAAUAUUACAAAGGCGUAGCUUUUCUUCCGCUAAACAAGUUUGGAGGAGGAGAAGAAUUCGUUGUGCUCCUCAACUACACUAAGACUUUGUUGGUGUUAAGAAGUAUUGAAAUGAGAUGGAUGCUGCUUGAGAUACCCUCAUAUGGUUCAUGCUCGGAUUUAAUCACUUUUAGAGGCAGAUUUUAUGCAGCCUUUUCUAAUCAUGACAUCUUCGCUAUCGAUCCUUACUCGCUGGAAGCAACUCCCCUGAUGCCCUCGGAGGCGCUUCUGGACUGUGGUUCAGUAAAUGAUCUGGUUCCAUCUGGCAAUGAUGAACUUUUCCUGGUGGAGAAAAUCAUCCCUCGUACUGGUGUAAUAUACUUAUAUCGGUUAACAUUAAGAUUGAGUAGGCUAGAUGAGGAGGCUGGUAAAUGGGUCGAGGUUAGCGAAAUAGGAGACCGUUUGUUGGUCAUUGGAAAUUUAGGAAAUGUCUGCUGCUCGGCUAAGGAGCUUCCUGAUGGUUGUGGUUUGACUGGGAACUCAAUUGUGUUCACCCAUGGGCGCAAAGUAACUUACUCCUACAAAUAUGGUGUGCAUACAGGACGUGAGGAAGAUGACCUCAAUUGUUGGAGAUACUCAAGAGAUAAAUGCGUGACGAUCCUCAGCACAUCUCCAGUGGUGGCUCUCCGGGUUGAGACCGCUAAGCCGUAAAAUCUUUACUUUGGAUACUGAGACAUCUGUUGGUUUUGUGAUCUCUGAUGUUGUAGUGAUAUUCUAGUAUAAAUAUAAUUUAGUUCACACCUUGUCAAUACAGUUGUUCAGGUAGUCCUAUGUUUUGUUUUGCAGGAUACCUUCUCGUCUCAGUGAAAUUCCACUUUCAUGGCAGCAGAUUGUUAAAUUAAUACAAAGUGGAAUUUCAUA